UCAUGUGCUGUGCCAACUCCCCUCCCCGUCCUCCCCCCUUUUGGGCUUGUGGAAUGCCGAACCGCGGAACAAACGUGCUAGGCACGCCGCCCUUGCAUGUCGGCUAACAGACGGUAUCAAUAGUUCAAUUCCACGUCAGAGCAACCAUGGAUGCAGAGUGAACUAGAUGUGAAUGGUGGCGGUGGUGGUGACGACGACGAAGACGACCCCGACGAUGGCUCUGCACCCCGCCCGAAUGUGAGAAGGUAGGUCAUUAACAACGCCCCCUUCCUCCCGACGUCGGUGUUAGCUGGAAAACUAACCAUGGAACCUAUCGUCGAGCCUAGGGGCUCUACCAAGACCUCGACCAGUUCAAGCUCUUCGAGAUUCUUUCGCUCGAUAGUGUACAAGUUUGGCCGGACCUUCAAUAGAAACUACUUCCUCCCUCAUGACAAGCAAGAGCAAGAAAGAAAUGUCCUUCAACACGAGAUAAGCGUUGAGGUGCACGAUGGAGAGCUAUACCUUUGUCCGGUGGUGAAACCCAAGAGAGUCCUGGACGUCGGCACGGGAACAGGUGUAUGGGCUGUAGAAUUCGCCAGGAGGAACCCGGAGAGUAGCGUGCUUGGGAUAGACCUGAAUCCGGUUCCGCAGCCACCUUUUAUGACGCAGAAUUGCCGUUUCCAAGUAGCAGAUGCGAACGACCAGUGGAAGUACAGCCGCCCGUUCAACUUCAUACACGUGCGCAGCCUAGGCGAGCCUACCGACAAGCGCCGGCUGAUCAAGUCGAUAUACGACAAUCUCGCGCCUGGCGGCUGGGUCGAGUUUCAGGAAUGGGUACUGCACGCGCAGUCGCCGGAUCGCUCUCUCGAGGGCACGGCCUUUCAGAGAUGGAACGAACUCAUGGCCGAAGGCGUGCGAAAGCUGGGAAGGUCUCUCUUCUUCGUCCUCGAGUACAAGAGCCUGCUGGAGCAAGCGGGCUUCCAGAAUAUCGUCGAGCUCAAGUACGCGGUCCCCACGAACACCUGGCCUCCGGGCCGGCAAAGCCAGAAGAUCGGCACCCUGCAGAAGAGCAACACACUCCAGGUCAUCGACGUGUAUUCGCUUGGCGUCUUCACCCAAGGCUUGGGCUGGUCCAGGGACGAUCUAGAUAAACUCCUGGUCGAAGUGCGGAAGGACAUCGAGAACACGCGUAUCCAUUCGUACUCCACUUUAAUGACGGUAUAUUGCCAGAAGCCGCACUCUUCGGCCACGGCGUCGUUAGACACAUCAGGCACGUCUCCGAUUCGGCCGAGACCGUCGGUAACAUGGUCACCAUAGGGGGAAGGGGGAGGGGGGGGGGGAGAAGCCGGGGACUUGGCUGGAAGCAUCAUGAUCUCGGGAAAUGGAUGGGACAUGGGAUACAACCAAAAAAACAAAUACCUAGACGGGUUACAUUUCGGGGAACGGAACGGCAUGGCGUUGACAGAUUGGCAUUCGGAAAAUCCCAGGGUAAUUGA